UCUUCUUCCCUAGGCAAUCUCCCAAGUAAAAGACUAUACAUACAGAAAAACCCCAAUUCGAAGGAUUUCUAGGGUUUUUUUUUCCACAAGUUCAACAAUCAUCGUACAAAGCAGCUGUAGAUUCAGUACAAAAUAAUGUCUCAGAACGGGAAAUUAAUGCCCAAUUUGGACCAAAACAGUACAAAGCUCCUUAACUUAACGGUUCUUCAGAGAAUCGAUCCAUUUGUUGAAGAAAUCUUGAUUACUGCUGCUCAUGUUACUUUAUAUGAAUUCAAUAUCGAUAAUAGUCAAUGGAGUCGAAAGGAUGUGGAAGGAUCCUUGUUUGUUGUCAAGAGGAGUGCUCAACCUCGGUUUCAGUUCAUUGUUAUGAACCGCAGAAAUACAGAUAAUUUGGUGGAGGAUCUUUUGGGAGAUUUUGAGUUUGAGCUCCAGCUCCCAUAUUUAUUAUAUCGAAAUUCGUCACAAGAAGUAAAUGGGAUAUGGUUCUACAAUUCACGUGAAUGUGAAGAAGUUGCAAACCUCUUUAACAGGAUACUGAGUGCUUAUUCCAAGGUGCCUACCAAGUUCAAAUUACCAUCCAACCAGAGUGAAUUUGAAGAGCUGGAAGCAGUUCCAAGCAUGUCGGUAAUGGAUGGUCCCCUGGAGCCAUCAUCUACUACAUCAAAUACUGCAGAUGUCCCAGAUGAUCGUUCCUUUGUGAAUUUCUUCAGUAAUGCUAUGAGAAUUGGUAGUGGUCCAAAUGCUACAGUUCAGGGACAGUCGUAUGACUCAACUGCAGUAGUCCUACCUUCUCCUCUUCCUCCUCCUGCUGUACCUCCCUCUUCAGCACCUGCACUGUCUCAAUCUCCUCUUUCUACAUCUUCAACUUUGAUGCCUACCGUUGAUGCUCCUGAACCUGAUACCAGUGCCAGAAGGUCUUCAAAUCUUGUGAAGCCAUCAUCAUUCUUUGGUCCUCCUCAUUCCUCUUCUCCGCUGAUACCUCCUGUUUCUUCAUCUGUGCCUACUGCUCCUCCACUUCAUUCCCCUGGGAAUCUUCAACGCCGUUACGGAGCUCCUUUGCUUCAGCCAUUUCCUCCUCCGAAUCCGCCUCCAUCUCUCACUCCUACUUCUGCUCCUAGCCCAAACAAUGGACAUGUUAUUAACAGAGACAAAGUGCGGGAGGCAUUUUUGAUGCUUGUUCAGGAUGACCAAUUCAUUGACAUGGUAUACCGCGCUCUUGUGAACUCUCAUCAUACAUGAUAACUAGAGGAACCACCGCGCUUCACUUGAUGACAUAAAACAGUGUUACUGGCAGAAAUAUGGCUUCUAGUUUAUCUCUAUUGGGUUCCUGCUGUUUAUAGCGUCUUAGAGACCCAACUUGUAUAUAGUAUUAUGGUCUUAGUUUUUACUAGUUUAGAUUUGAUGUUUUACCUU